AUGUGGUACACAGAACUGAUAAACACCUGUUACGCUCCCCGUGAAAUCUCCAGCCCCAGCACACUUCUAAUCCCGUAUUACGUUUAUGAUUCACAGUCAGGCAUGCUAUCUGUUUCGGGUCAGAUAAUCUUUUCAGCUGACGUCAGGCCAGAUGGCAACUUUAGGGCUAGGAUCGAUUUUCUCAACUGGAAUAUUACGGAACACGAUGGGGGCAAUCGUGUGGCCGAAGCUAUCCGAAGAACAAAUUGGGACAAGCUCUGCCAGCGAGCCUCAAGUCUUAACGGCGGUCUAAGUUGCAAUCUGCUUGAUCAAAGUACUAAUGGGCUAUACAAUCUUGUGCGCUUGCUUCAAUUUUCAGAUCAGAGUCUAUGGAUCGCCCGGAUUAGUUUGCGCAAAUCCACUGCAGGUUCAGCCAUAUUGCGCAGCGAGGCAGAUGUGAUGCAGUUCAUCAAAGACAAAUCCAGUCUUCCAGUGCCUCGGGUCUUUGCAUACGAGGUUGACGAGAAUAACGAUAUUGGCGUCCCUUAUAUCCUUAUGGAGUUUAUCCCGGGUAAUACUGCAAUGGAUGCCGCAGGUGGGUAUGAGAAACAUAGGGGUCAGAUUCCUCUAGCCUACCGCCUAAACUUCUACCGCUCGGUAGCCAAAUGUCAUCUACAAAUGACCGCUUUGCGCUUCUCUAAGAUUGGAACUAUUUUUAGGACCCAGAAUGGCGAAUAUGAUAUUGGCCCUUUCCCCGACAUUGGGGGACCCUUUAACACAGCAACACAAUUUUUUAAGGCUUGGGCGGAAAACGCUAAAUUUCCUCGUGAACAAGAUGAAAUUUUGCGUCUAAUGGGACGUGGGCCAGCUCAACAAGUUCUUCAAGCCAUUAACGAGUUCCCAUCUCAGAUAAAAGAAAUGGCUAGUCAGUUAUCGCAACAUAAUAAUGGGCCAUUUCCACUCUAUCAUGGAGAUUUUCUCCAUAGUAAUAUGAUCGUUAAUGAGUCUUUUGAGGUUAUGGCCCUUAUUGACUGGGAAGGUGCAUGUACUCUUCCCCAGGAGCUUAUAGCGUUUCCAGGAUUUCUUGACACUAUGCCCGUCCAGUUUGGCUCAAGCGAGAGUUACGAUGCAGACGGAAUGCCGAUAGAUAAGGAAGAAAGACAACGACGGACAUACCAACAAGCCUAUGUGCAGAUGAAAUGGGAAGUUGGGGUUCUAUAA